UUUCUUGUGAACUUGGAAUUUUCCUUAUCAAAAUUAAAAUUUGAAUUUGUUGCAUUUUCCUAUAUAUACUAGAAACUUUGGGGAAGUUUUUAGUUUGUUUAAACUUUGGGGAAAAUAAAGCACUAACACUGUGGUAAGGAAUAUGCAUUGUAUUUUUCUUGAAAUAAAAUAGAAGAUGUGCAUAUUUACCCCUGUGUUUACUCCUUCUCCUUCUCUUUUUCUGUCUCGUAUCUCUUCCAUUUCCUCUUCUCUCUCUCCUCUUGAUCCCUUUUGUUCCUUUCCUCAUUCUUUCUCCUUUUACCUCAGUACCAUUAUUAGUAUUAUCAAUUAUUGAGUUACAUUAGCACUUAGGUGCUGAAGUCAGGAUUGGGAUCACGUUUUGCUAGGCACUAUACAAAAACAUAGUAGCUGUCCCUGCUCCAAAGAGCCUACAACUUAAACAGACAAGAUAAACAAAGGAUGGGAGGGGAAACAGAAGCAGAGUGAGGUGUAAUGACUUGCCCAAGGUGGCACAAAGCAGGUGAGGAGGAUAGCAAGGAAUAGAAGAUGGGUCCAGAGCCCCACCCUAGUACCCUGUCCAGUAGACCACCCACCUCACAUCUUUUCACCUCUUUCUGCUUUCUAUUUUUUGUGUUCCUCAUCCAUUUGCUCUUUUCCAUCUUAAAUACACUCUGAGUUGGGGUGACAUUUUGAGACUGUUCUGUAGCCAUAAACAUUUCUCUUCUGAUACCAUUUACACUGGAGAAGCAUCACUGAUUUCAGUGGAAUGUCUCCUGACUUAUACAGGAGUAUGUGAAAUCGCAAUUAGGCCCCCUGGCUUCACAUACCAGAAGAAUACAUGUAUGUUCAGGUUAGGCACCAAAAUAUAUAUUUAAAAAAAUGAAUGUAGACAGGGAAAAGGCAAUAUUUGGUGCAUUUGUGUUGUAAUUUACAUGCUGCACAAAUCCAACUCAGGAAUACUAUAGAGAUAAGACACAUCUCCUAUUAGUUCUUAAAGGACUACAUCAGCUAUUUUGCUGGACCCAGUAGUCUGAAAAUGUGAAAGGUAAGCAGUGCUUUUCACCAUGAUGAGUAACCUAUUUGAAGGUAUAGUUUCUAAAUAGACUUGACGUAUCUAAGGCUACUGAUAGCCAGGGUCAUCUUGCUAUGAUGACUCUGGAGGGUAAAAGCACGAAGCUGAUGUAUAGACUGUUAAAUCAGUACUGAAAGCAGGUUGGAAAUUGGCUUGCAAUGGCAGAAAAAACAUAAAGUAGCAGUAGUCCCCUUUCCUCUUUCCCAAGCGCAAUUUUUUUUAACUUUGAAACUGAGAAAAUUAUGUUUGCUUAAACUUUUAAAUUUAAAAUUUUCCUCACUCUCCAAUAUUUUAGUUUGUUCUCAGGAAAAAGUGCUUCUUAUCUUUCAGACUUUUAGAUUGAGGGGCUUGACAUAAUGGCACAUGUGGCAUCCCUAACUUAGAAAAUCCACUCUCCUAAAUCACAAUCUCCAGUAGCUAAUUAAAAAUUAGAUGAACUGCCUUCUUGCUCAGGGCAAAUAUUGGAUUUCUUGGACGGUAACGUAUGGAUUAAACUUUGUUACUUCAUACAUUUUAUUAUUCUGUAGGGGCGGCAUCAUAGUUGUCCAAGAAUAAGUGGUUACCCACACAAAUCCUGCUAGGGAUUUAAUUACACAGUGCAGAAAAUUCAAAAGUUACAGUUUUUCCAGAGCAUUUGUCCUUUUUUGCACACUCACUCAUUAAUAUUCCUGUGUAUAUUGAUGAUUUAUGCCCAUCAUGGUCAACAUACCCCCUUUAUCCAGGGCGUACACGCAUGUUGGGUGAUUCACCUGCACGCACCCACGUUCUCUCAUCACCUGCAAUUCAAGCUCACGCAGCCGCUCUUCUUUAAAUGCUUGUUGAUUUCUCCUUCCCUCUCUUUUUCUGGGUGCAGGACUCUCUUUGGCUUUGCCUGAGAAUCCUGGCCUCCGAGGGUCCUGCUUUUGCCUGAGAGUAAGAGCAGGAAGCAAGCACUAUCUGCCCCAUUUAUAAAUGUAGUAUAAAUCCUUACUGCUCUUAUUCAGGCAAACGGGUUCCUUCAGGUUCUGGUAAGGGGGGUCUGUAGCGAGUACUGUGUUCCAGGUCACAUGGAGAGUUAGAACUCUAACCAGUAGCUCCGAUGCUUUUCUCCUCUGAUGGUCUUUUUUUUCCCUCCCCAUGCACCAAUUGGACUCAUGUUCUGAAGUGGAGAAGCUGGGAAGAUCUCCUACUGCUUUCCCAAGCUCAUGGGAGGAGCAGGGAUGGGACAGAGAAAGCUCCCAAGGGCUCCCUCUGGCCCUGCAAUGACAUCCUUCUGCCUCCAAGGGAGAGGAAUGAAGGUUUCCCUGCUGCUCCCCUUUCCUUGACUUCUUUGAGAGGACAGUGAAAUUUCCUCUUUCCAGAGGAAAAGGGGAGUGAGAUAGUAGCACCCCUUAUGAAAAAUCAACAUCAGAUAUAUGUUGGGGAAAGGAGGAAAGCGGAAGUUUGACGAGCAUGAAGAUGGGCUGGAAGGCAAAGUGGUGUCUCCUACUGACGGUCCAUCUAAGGUGUCUUACACCUUACAGCGCCAGACUAUCUUCAACAUUUCCCUUAUGAAACUUUAUAACCACAGGCCAUUAACAGAGCCAAGCUUGCAAAAGACAGUUUUAAUUAACAACAUGCUGAGGCGAAUCCAGGAGGAACUCAAACAAGAAGGCAGCUUGAGGCCUGUGUUCAUCACCACUUCACAGCCUACUGACCCUCUGGGUGACCGCUUUCGAGAGGCUCAGCCUGCGUUCAGUCAUCUUGCCUCUCAGCCAGUUCACCCCACUGACUUAGUAAGCACUACACCAUUAGAGUCUUGCCUCACCCCAGCCUCUUUGCUUGAGGAUGACACUUUUUGCACUUCCCAGACUGUCCAACAUGAUGGUCCUACAAAACUACCACCUCCAGCUGUCCAACCGGUAAAAGACAGUUUCUCCUCGGCCUUGGACGAAAUUGAGGAGCUCUGUCCAACACCUACCUCUACCGAGGCAGUAGUAGUAGCAACAGAAGCAGCAGCAACAACGGAUGACUCUAAAGAGAACUCCAGUGAGUCUAAUGUUCAAAAGUCUGAGGGAGUCCAAGAGAGCAGAACAAGUGAAUCAAAACUCAUGGACUCUUUACCCGGCAAUUUUGAGAUAACAACUUCCACAGGUUUCCUUACAGACUUGACCUUGGAUGAUAUUCUGUUUGCUGACAUUGACACAUCUAUGUAUGAUUUUGACCCUUGCACAUCUGCUACAGGGGCUGCCUCAAAAAUGGCUCCUGUCUCAGCAGAUGAUCUCCUAAAAACUCUAGCCCCCUAUAGCAGUCAACCAGUAACCCCAAAUCAGCCUUUCAAAAUGGACCUCACAGAACUGGAUCACAUAAUGGAGGUGCUUGUUGGGUCUUAAAGUAUAACGACUUUUUAUGUACCAGUAUAUACACUUGGUAGUAUUUUCACAACCCUUCCCUCCCUCCCCGCCCCUCCAAAUUCACAGCACUGUGCAUGCGUCCUUGCUUGCCUUUUUUUAAAAGAAAAGGAUCACACUAGUUUUUGCUUCAAGCAGAGUUGGAGUGCCUUCAUCCAUGUAUGACCACUUUCAAUGUAUUUUUUUAAAGUGGUUCCUCAAGGAAGACCUAAUACCCUGGUAUAGGAAAGAAUACAUAUUGUAGACAAUAUUACUAUGAUAUUACGACAAAAAAAUUGAAUUGUAAAAGCUAAGCACAAGGAUUAUGUUGGGGAAAGCUGUACAUUUGCAUGUGCAUAUUUGUCUAUUUUUUCUAUAAGUUUUAUUGCAAGAGGUAAAAAAUUUAUUAUUUAGAUAAUCUCAGUACCUUUUUGGCAUUUUAGCCCUGUAUAGGUUGACUUAGCAAUUCAGCCCUUUGGAGGCAUUAACUAGUCUUCUUUAAGUGUUGCAUUUACAUGGCUGUUUAGAAACUGCUGCCCAAAUUUAUUUUAUAUUUUUGUACAGAUUCUGCAGUUUAUUAUAUUGUUUUUUCUAAAAACAAAUGCUGUUUAUACACACAAAAAAUAGCUAUUUUGAUAGGGUUUGCUCACAUAGUUCCUGCAUAAUUGAUGUACAAGAACCACUUGUACUUUUAUACAGAGUUGUAAUGUUUUAUAUGUGUAUGGUGCAAAGAGAAAAAUGGAUCAAAUAAAUCUGCAGUUAGGUCUCCCUGAAUGCAAACAGUGCUUUAAGAAAGGGCUGGGGUCUGUUUCACAAAUAUUUACUCGCUGCUGUAGCCACCUGUGCACUACUGUGAUUUGAAAACCUAGAGCCAUGUCGACUCCAAGACCUAUGUUAAACAGUUGGCAGGAGAUAAUUGUGAAACUUCAUUCUAAGUGUUCUCUUGUGAGAUCAAGGCUACUGAAAACCUGAUCCCGAAGCCAGUAUGUCAAGCAAAUGUAUAAUCUUUUUCUUUUUAAGCAAAGUUUUUGUUUUUUUUUUCCUAAAUUUGGAACAGCCAAUUGUCUUUGUUACUUGAAAUGUGUUACCUUUUUAGCAAGUCGGCAUUUCCUUAGCUGAAGUUAUUGCGAAUGAUUUUAAUGGGAAUAUACACGCCAUUUACAAAUACAUCUCUUUGUAAUUUUUCUUAAAGAAGGUAUACAUGGUAUUUGUUCCAAUUAAUUGGUGUUCAAGAUUCCACUUGCCCUUUCUUGGAGCAUUCUUUCUCCCUCACUGUGUUAAUAAGUGCUGAAAAAUGCAACUUCAGUAUUACUGCAGUGAAGCUCAUCUCUUAUCUGCACUGGAUGGACUUAUUUUAGUAUCCAUUGCUGUUGAAACUGGAGCCAGUCGUGUUACAUCACUUGGCAUCUCCUGUAGGGUUCGUUUCUUGUAUCAACCACGUUACCUGCUUUACACUUUAUAGACCUGUUUUACAAUGAAUAUACAGACACGGCUUUCUAUGCAUGUUUCCUCCCCCCGUAACACCUGAGAAGUCUUCUCAUUACUGCACCAAUAGCGUUUUUGUAUUCAUUGUGGUGUACAUUUAAUUUAAAAAAACGUUUGCAAUGUAUCCUGCCUGUUGCUGAACUUGCUAUGGCAUUGUGGUUUUUCAAUGGUACUUUAGCUGAUGAGUGCAGGUUACAACCUAUAUUGUUGACAUGCCUAUGGCUUCUUUAGGAAUAACUUUUAUAUUUAUUUAAGAAAUUUUAAAUUAUGUUUUAUGUCAUUUGGCAAUAUUCAGUCAAUUCUGCUCCCUUCUUGUCAUGGAUAAAAUUGGGUCUUGUCUGCCUUUAAGAAGGCAGCUUUAUAAAUUGGCACUUUAAACAGGCCAUAUAUAUUUACUAGUAAAUAUAUAUAAUGCACACACACAACACAAAGCAAAUAAAUUUUGCAAUGAAGGAACUGCUACUCUAAAUGCAAUGCAUCGUGUACAAUUAGGAAAUGCUUCUAGCUCCUAAUUAAUCAGCCAGUUUUAGUAUAUUUUAAAGUGAAUUACUAACUCUCUAACACAACAAGAUGUUGAUAUAAUCGCAGUUGUUUGCUUCCAAUAUAGUAUUUUCUAACUUCAAACAGAAUGGCAACAACCAACUGUAGAAUUAGGGACCAUUUUUAAUUGCCGGCGCUGGGGAAGGAUCGCUCUAUUUUGCAUCCAGUAAUGCUUGGCUGUUGUUCAUUCAGCAGCUUCCAUUCCUUGUAAGAGAACAAUCCUGCCACACUCUGCAACUUUUGUAACUGGAACACCCAAGGAACCAUGGCUACAAGGUGUAUCAAUCUGUAUACAGAAACCUAAAGCCAUGCAAUAAUGAUAGUUCAGAACAAUAACAUGGUAAGCAGUUUGAUUAUCGUUGUUCUAAGUUAUUGUAAAUCAGUUCUUAACAACUGCCCUUUCUUUGGAUUAGUUAAUUGUGUUUUUAGACAAGCACCAUAUGUUAAGCAACAGUUCAAAUAAACGCCAUUAUCAGAGCAGUGAACUGUUGUUUAAAAGUGGUUGUUUGAAGUCUCUUUGUAUUUGCAGACCAGGAGAAAGAAUCUCAAAAUACUCUUUACCACUCAAAAGAAAUCUGUGUAUUCUUGGUAAUAAAGUAGGGAAAUCCUUAAUAAUAGAGUACUUAAAGGAAAUUGGCAGGAGAUACACAAAGAGCAAAACACCUGAUUUAUAAAAUUAGGCAAAAUGUCGGUAAUUCUUAUUUUGAACUGUAACCUUUAAUUCUAUAGAUUGAAAUGCUUGUUGGAAUCUUCUGCUUUGGCAGUAACUUUCUUUCUAUAGCAUGGCCUUCUUGCAAAGGUCUGAGUAUAACAGUCAAGAUAAGAAUUCUUUAUAAAAGAUGAAUACCCAGGUGAUGUAUAUUGACAAUGAUGUGCAAUGAAGUGACAAGAUGGGAGCAGAACAAAAGAGCUUUGGAUUUGAAGUGAUUUUUUUCAUAAGUUAUUUAUUCCUUUUUUUCAUUGUAAAUAUAUUUAUUUUAUUGUGAAGCUAACAACAUCUGGAUUGUAACAUGUACAGAAUGUAUGGUAGGAAUGUAUUCUCUUGUAGGAAUGUAAAUCUGUAUGGAAAGGGGAUGGAAGCCUGAUUCAGAGAAAAUGCAUUGGGUUCUAUUGAGGAUAUGCACGGUUCACAUUAAUUUCCCCCACACACACACACUCUUUUCCAACAUGGGUCUGGUUGUUUGAAAUAUGCAAAAAGUAUGGGUGAGGGAGACUUUAAUACUCAAAAUUAGUCCUAAAAAUCAGACUCGUAAUGCGUCAGUUCCUUUAAAGGGGCCUGCUCUUGCACCCUUUAAAGUCAGAUGGAGUUGUGAGUAGAAGCAGCAGCAAGGUCAGCAUACCACCGCUGUUCCUUUAAGGGUUGAUCUUGUAAAUGCACGAGGAAGGGCAGGUCUACGCUACCGCUUAAGUCAAUCUAACUUGUGUCGUUCAGGGGUGUGAAAAAGCCUCCCCCCGGGCAACGCAAGUUUCGCUCUGUCCAGACCAGCACUAUAUCGGUGGGAGACACUCUCCCGCUGACGUAGCUUUGGCGUCUCACCGACGUGGAGUAAUUCUCAUUGGAGAGCGCUCUCCCGUCAGCAAAGUGUGUCUUCACCAGACAUGCUACAGCGGCGCAGCUGCAUUGGUGCAGCUGCGCCGAUACAGCGCGGCAGUGUAGACUUGCCCUAAAUCUUUACUCAUGCAAGCAGUCCCCGUGAAGUCUGUGGGGCUAUAUGAGUAAGAGUUUGCAGGGUGGUGCCCUUACUCCAGAAAGUGCAACAGAACUGACACUGCAUUUGUGCAAACUGGUAAGAUGCAGACAAAAAGUGGUAAAUGCACUUUCCAAGUGCACCAUGUCUUUUUGCAUGGGUUUUGAUUUUACUAUUGCUUAUUGGCCUGAUCAGGCAGUCCUUGCUCAUACGUAAUUCGUGUAGUUCUCAGUGGGAAUGUUGCCAGCAAUACAGGAUUGGGCCCCAAUAACAGUCCCUGCUCAGAGUCCUAGUGGACUGUACAUAUCUGGAUGCAAAGCAAGGAGAGAUUCCUUUUAAAAGAAACUUUGAGGAGCAGUAAAGUAUUACAAAUUAAAGGCAUCUGUCUAUUUAUGAUCCUCGCAGUGAGCUACAAAAUAAGAUGAUCGAGACGCCACCUGAAAUGCCCAGUGUGAGAAUAAACUCUUAGCUUGUGCUGCAGCCAUUGUAGUUUUCUCCCUGCUGUAUGUUAAUCGCCUUCAGUGUUGUGAUUCCAAAGUUUACACGUUCUUCAAAUUGUAAUGGUUCCUGCCUGAGAAAUGGGUUCAUUCACUCCGAAGAGGCGUGAACGUUGAUUUAAUUUUGAACAGAUUUCGGCAUCCUGCUCUUGUGAAAGUUGCUUUCAGUGCUUACGUUAAUGAGUCUGAAUGUUUCUCAGAAAUUAGUUCAUUUUAAGCUUCCCCUCCCCCCUCUUUCAGGAAAUAGGCCUAAUGCAAAUUCUAAAAUCCUUUUUAAAAAAAAACAAAAACUUUUUAGAGGGUUAACAAUGUAAUCCAUGCUAGAAUCUGUAAAGGCAGAGAUUCUGGAAAAGGUGUAUAUAUAUGUAGUGUGACAUGUUCAGUGCAUGGUGGUUGAACAGGGCUUGUUAUUGUCAAAAAGAAGGCUGUAUUUUUUUUUUUCCCCCACAGACCUUAGCGCUGUGCCUUUUCUAUGCAAUAUUACAGACAUAUACAUUUGAACCCAGAUUACUGUAUUCACAUGUAGGUAUGGGCUGUAAUCAAAACAAUUGGACAAAUGUACAUGGAAAUGAGCAGUCUUACUUUUGUAGUUUUAUAUUAUACAAUAAACAAUUAAAAGAUACAAAA